AUGUCAAAAUACCCGUGCAGUGAAUGUCACAAGGCCGUUAGAAAUAACCAAGACGCCAUCUUGUGUGCUACAUGUGGAAACUGGUCGCAUGCUAAAUGCCUCAAUAUGUCUCGGCACAUUUUCCAGCACUACUUAGACCAGCCUGAUAUUGAUUGGACUUGUCCUGCCUGCGCUCUUCCGCCACUGACGGACUCCUUCUUCGAAGAAGUUUAUGAAGGUAAUACACAAAUCAUUGCCGAGGAUUAUCAAGGGGGAACAACUCAAUUUACGGCCGAAUGUUCUACAGAAGGUGGAUUGGAAGAGCAUAACUCCGACAACAUCCAUCUAGAAUCUCUACGGAACCAUCUCAAGAACGAUGUUUUGGUCUGUCAUAUCAACAUAAACAGUAUUCAAAAUAAACUUGAGGAACUGGAAAACGUUAUCAAAAGAUCAAUGCACACAUAA